AUGAAGCCUGACACAAACAGGAAUGGCAUUAACCAUUCAGAUGCGAACCUAGAGACUGAGGAACCAAAUGCCUUACAUUUUCCUGAAACCACAGCUCGUGAUUCCAGGGAAGUUGAAAGCUGUAGUAAGCUAAACAUUGUUCCUUCAAAGAAACCUGAGAAGGUUUUGGAUUGCUCUUCUGAUGAACGUAAACACCUAGAGAAUCCUGAUGAAUCAAACAUCUUUACCAUCAUGGAGAUGAGAUUGUUGUUUGGGGUUGAAGAUGACGUUAAAAAUUCAGAUGCAAAGGCUGGUCAUAGUAAUGAUGUUGCUUUAGACAUGGCCGUCGCAAAAUUCAAUUCAAGUGACAUUAAAGAGGGUGAUCAUAUUGCUAAAUCAGAUGUUGAGAACACAAAUUUCUAUGUGAGAAAGGAUGGACCUGAAGAUACUGAAGAAACAAUGGAGUUGAGGAAUGUACUCUCAGGGCUGGAUGCAGCAGUGGCAUAUAAAUCUCCCGAUUUAAAGAGUUCAGAAUCUGUCAAUGUUGCGGAUGGUGAAGAAACAGCCUUCAGAACUGAACCGAACUUUCUAAAUUCAAGUUCGAAAAUGGAGAGAAGCAACAGUGUGCCGGUUAAGCAUUUGAUGUCUUCCAUAAUGAAGAGGAAGAGAAAGUUUGGUUUGAUUCAAAGAACACCAAAGCGACCCAUUUUCCAUGACAUGAAGGAGAAUGAGGGUAGCACCAAAACGGAACAGAUCGGCAACAUAACAACGCCUAAAACAUCAUCCAAGCUGAGGCCUCCGCUACAGCGUAUCUGA